AUGUUACGCACUCUGACCCCUCGCAAGCCCACCAGGUACGAGUAUCACUGGGCCGAUGGUACGACCGUCAAGAAGCCCAUCAAGUGCUCAGCACCCAAGUAUAUCGACUAUCUCAUGACCUGGGUACAAGAACAACUAGACGAUGAAAACAUCUUCCCCUCCAAGAUUGGUAUGGGCUUUGGCAACGUGGGGCUCCACUCUUGUCGCUACCUGCACAGAGAGGGGGCUAAGUGCGUGGGCGUGAUGGAGAGGGAUGUGUCCAUCGUUAACAGGGAAGACGGUAUCGACCCGAAAGAAUUGGAAGAUUACAAAUUAAAUAACGGAGGCUCAAUCAAAGGAUUUCCAGGAGCACAAGAAACGACUGAGAACUUACAUUCUGUAGCUCUUUAG